AUGAUACACGAAGAAGUGCCAGUGACAUGCCAGAGCAUAAUGGUGACGGUCUACCCAGAAACUGUCCAGGUAACUGAGGGAUCCAGUGCAACUCUCCAUUGUAAUUAUACCAUGCCCUCCAUUGCCUCAAGCCUAGACCAGGCUCUAAACCAGGACCUAGACCAGGAGCUAGAACCAGAACAGUCUAACCAGGAACAAACGGUCACAUGGUUAAAAGAUGGCGUCGUCCUUAGGACUUAUACCGGUGACCUUGCCAUAGUUUCCCAGAGUGGUGGUAGGGUGAGCUUGGUGGCCCCAGCAUCGCUGAGGAUAUCGAGUGUUGUUGAUGAGGACAGUGGAUCGUACACCUGCAUGAUUGAGCAACGAGGUCUGAUGGGGUCGGCAGCAGCUACUCUUCAUGUUCAAGGGAGACUUCCUGUUCUCUUGGGUCACAAAGGCCGUUCUGAGGCAAGUUUCCUGGCAGGAGAAACACUACGGUUACAGUGUAAAGGGUCAUAUCCACUUCACUGGACCUAUCAUACAGGAAUUGAUCACAGUAAAAUCUCCAUCAGGUCUAAGCUUACCCCUAUACCAGAAUCAUCCUCUUGGAACGAGAGUAGUGUGCUGGUAAUCAUCAAUGCAACAGCCUCGGACUCCGGAUAUUUCACCUGCUCGCAUACCCAUGACAGUCAAGACUUUUCCAGGGAAAUAUAUGUAUAUAUUAAUGCCACCGAUGCCAACAGUUUAUUCUUGCCAAGUGACAUCACCAAUAUCACCCUGUACGCCCUGGACCCCUUUGUUCUGCCAUGUCGCGUCUCAAUACCCUCAUUUGAUGUGAAUAUUAUCCUGGCGAAUGGUGAUGCGGUACCGCAGGAUGAAUUACCUCCUUACAGUGAUAGGGUGGGGUUUAGCGUGAGUGGCGAGGAUGCAUACAAGUAUGAAGGUAGCGUGGCCUGCGUAGCCGUAUUCGAUGGAUCGCAAGUGGAGCAGACAUACCUCGUGCAGAUAAUAAGAAAACCCAUCAUUGUGAAUUCAACUCAAGACGUCACAAUCCCAGAAUACACUACACUCACCCUGGUGUGUGAGGGCGCCCUCCCACUUAUAUGGGUCCACGAGCUCCCUGACAUGGAAAUAGAUAUCCUCAUCUCCACAUUAAGGCGACCAAAUGGAGACUUGUAUUACAGGAGUAUCUUGAAUAUAGAAAGCGCGACGUACGGGAACACAGGGUAUUUUUCCUGCUUCUACCUGCGAUACAUCAAUGUAAAUGAUCUUUCUCUAAGAACAUCUGUCUACGUCUUUGUCAGCAGUUAUGAUGAAGAUCGCAUCUUCCUUCCAAAGUAUGCUAUUGAGUCUAUUGAUUACAACAAGGCAACUCCGAUGACCGUGCCCUGUCGGAUAUCCAACCCGAAUCUGGAUGUGACAUUUGAAGUAUACUUCAAGGACACCGGCGCGGAAUUCACAAACUUCUACUGGACGCCUUCUUAUGAUAAAAAGGUUGGAUUCACACUCACACCGACCGGUGAAACCAUAGAUGGCAUAGCUCUCAUCUUCACCUGCUAUUCAACUGUUGUCAAUGGCAAUCAAUCUGAUACCAACGGUGGCAUUAACGUGGCAUCAAUUUCCAUGUUCUUGGGUGAUUCUGAAAAACCAAUAUUAAACUUGGAACUGGGACAAGAUAAAGAAGAGGUAAUAGCCAACAAGGAGGGUUUUGAACUGACGUGUCGUGCGUUUAUACAAUUCUCUCUGCUCUUUCUUCCCAACGCUCAGGAUUACAUACCCAGAUUUGCAUGGGUGGGACCAGGGGAAACGAGACCAGAGAAUGUACUAGAGCUUGAACCUGACCCUAACAGCUAUGUAACAGAUUACAUAGCUGGAUUUACGUACUACAAAAACAAAUUUGUUGAGAAUGCCUCUGUGGAUGACAAUGGGAUCUACACAUGUUAUGCAGCAAAUAUUGGGGCUGAGGCAGAGGAAACCAUAUCCGUUCAAGUGCAUGCGAGAGGAUAUGCUGACAUCAGUCACCGAUUCAAUGUCUCCGACCCGACCACGAACCUGACGGCCAUCGUUAAUCACGACAAGUGCAUCUGGUUCGAUGUACCCGCUUACCCUCCACCCAAAUUCAGGGUUUUUCCUCCAAGGAAUUGGGUCCUGACGAUGGAUGAGAGCUCCAAGGUCCUCACCAUGUGCAGUUCAAACGUCUCGGAAGCUCACGAAGGAGACUAUACUGUGUAUGUGUGGAAUGACUACCAGAAUGCCAGUAUUACCUUCUUCUUUACAGUGCAAGUACCGCCGAGGUCUUCCAUUGCAAUUAAUCCUGCACCGGUCACGCUGUUCAAUUCAUCAAUAAAAGGCUUUGUUAUGGGAACGACAUAUAACUUGGAGUGCAAAUCUACAGGAAAGCCAAAACCAAUGGUGUAUUGGUUGUUUCAAAGAUGUCCAACGGACCCAAGUGUAGAUCCAGAUUGUGUAGCCAGUGAUCGCUGGGAGAAAGUACAGGUAACUGCAAUGUCAAGUGUGGAGUAUUCCAGUGAUGACAGCAUUGCUACUCUGAUCGUUGAGGCUCAGGAGUGGACAUUGUACCGCUGCACAGUGUGGUCUCCGUCGGAGUUCUUUCAAGAUGUCCACCAAGACGUCGAUUUCAAAAUCCUUGAUUCUGAGACAGGUGUGCGCAUAUCAUCAGACUCCGACGUGGCCUUCAUCGGUGACGAUCUCACUCUGGAGUGCCAUGCGACUGCGUUCUUCUUCACCGAGAUCAAAUGGUUCUUCGUCAACCCCAAUGGCACUGAUCGUUGGUUGAACAGCUCCACGCCAAAGUACAGCUCCUAUUCUCUUGUUUCAACUCUGCGUGUCAGCAACAUCACGAGUAAUGAUGCGGGAUCUUACGUGUGUGUUGCAAUCAGUGGUGAUAAUCCAGGUUGGGAGAAAAACACAACGCAGGUCAUCGAUGUCAGAGAGGUAAGCGAGCCAGAGAUAAUCAGAUCAUCUGAUGAUCCUACAGCUAUCAGCCUGGAUCGCAUGAAAGAGAACCUCCACAUCCAAUGCCUUGCCAGAGGGCUCCCUCGUCCAAGCCUGAGCUUAUACUUCACCCAAGCAGACCCCAUUCUGCUUGAGGAUGCUGUCGUCGGGGGCAACGCAUCUGUGGUGUGGCUGAACUAUGAGGUGGUACGGCCGCCCUUAGCCAUGGGUGGGAGUUAUGAAUGCGUUGCAGAGAGCAGAGGUGGAGAGGUCCGACAGACAUAUCAAGUGUCUAUAACAGAAUCUCCUGAAUUAAAGAUUGGAAUACUGAGCUCUGCAGUCAAAGUAGGAGACAAUGUCACUAUCAGUUGUUUGGUAGUGAGAGGGUUCCCUAUUCCAAUGGUUCAGUUGAAGAAAGAGAAUGUUCCAGUAUCCCUCUCGCAAGGCAUCGGUAAUAUCUCCUACACGCUCACAGCUCAAGCCAGUGAUGGAGGAAAAUACUAUUGUAAAGCACUUGAUGCCAACGCUACCUCUGAUUCCAUUGAGCUAGUAAUUGAUAAAGCACCACCAGGCACUUUGCAGAAGAUCAUGCCUUACCUCCUCUCCUCUUUAUGUUUGAUAAUUCUCAUCAUAUUACUUUACUUCGUAUGGAAGUGUCGGCGGAGACCUAAAGUCCGUCGAGCAUCGCGACUACCUCCUAUGGAGAUGCCACGCCUUGGUAGUAACAGGCGAUCGAUUUAUUCAGUGAGCGAUGAUCCAUAUGAGAACAUGGCAUACAAUCAACGAUGGGAGUUUCCCAGAGAAAGAUUAAAACUUGGCGGUAUCAUAGGGAAAGGAGCGUUUGGUCUGGUCAUCAAAGCUGUUGCUGUAGGCAUCGAUGGUACUGAGAAGAACAUAACCGUUGCAGUCAAGAGACUCAAAAGCGGAGCCUCAUCCCAGGAGAAGAAAGCUUUGUGGGCGGAACUCAAGAUGCUCGGUCACAUUGGGAAACAUCUCAAUGUCGUUAACUUUCUUGGUGCUUGUACUCAAAAUGGCCCUGUCUUGGCAAUUGUGGAAUACUGUUGUCGUGGAAACCUAUUGGACUUUCUUCGUUCUAAGAGGAAAUACUUCACAGAGACCCCUGAAGGCACCGGUAGUCAGAGUCACACGGGCCAUUCUAGCAGUACCGGGACUAGCAGUAAUUUCCAGACCUCGUCAGGAAGUGAGAGGAGGAUGAAGGCUGUCUAUGAUCAGGUGAUUCCAGAGGAGCUUGUGUCGCCUCUUCAAGAUGAUCCUAUUGAUAGCCAAGAUCUCCUUUGUUACAGCUUCCAAGUAGCAAGGGGCAUGGAGUUCCUAGCUUCUAAAAAAGUAAUUCAUCGUGAUCUGGCAGCCAGGAAUGUACUAGUGACAGAAAACUACACGGUCAAGAUAUGUGACUUUGGACUCGCCAAACACCUGUACGAUGACCCAGACUAUGUUGCUAGUGGAAAGCAAGGUCGUCUACCAAUCAAAUGGAUGGCUCCAGAAUCGAUAUUUGAUAAAGUAUUCACAACAUACAGCGAUGUAUGGGCAUAUGCUGUUUUCCUUUGGGAAGUAUUUUCUCUUGGUGGUUCGCCCUAUCCUGGUAUUCAGAUCGAUGAGCAGUUCUACAACAAGAUAAAGAAUGGAUAUCGCAUGAACGCACCCGAUUACGCGCCGGCAGGAGUUUAUGACACAAUGUUGGAAUGUUGGACCCCAGAUCCUGAAGCAAGACCUUCGUUCAGUAUCCUGGCUGUAAGAUUAGGGGAUAUGUUAGAAGCAAAUGUAAGAUCAGAAUAUAUAGAGCUGAAUAUGCCAUAUGAACAAGUUAACCACACAGCAUCCAAUGAGCUUCCGUCUCCACAUGAGGACACGACCCUUUUGGGACCCAAUCCGCCUCCUGCUUUCAAACCCACACCAGUGAACAGCGCCCCCAAUACUCCCCCUCCUCCAACCCGCAUGGUACGGAGUGACGCAAGUGACUCCUCGCCAGACGUUUCCCGUCUCCCCGACCUAUCGCCUCCUGUCAGAGGACUCGAGGCUCGGCCAUUUUUGCCAAAGGACGAUGCCCAGAAGAAAACGACUGUUCAGGAGGUUAAUGAACUAGAAGAGGGGAGGAAUACCCCGGAAGAUGAUGUCUUUCUCACCACGGAAGUUACAACUAAUGGAUUAAAAGGUUUCACUGUAAAUGCACAAAACACAUGGUUAUGACGUAUGACCUAUCCCCGCUUCGCUUGCACCUCUGUU